UCGGUUUCUUUUUCACUUGGUUUGUCGUGUUGCGUAUGUUUACCGCUUCUAGAAUUUUCCGCAUUAAAUUCAGAAAUAAUUUAAUAUAUUAUAUGUAAAAACAGUCUCAUUUGCUAGCAUACAUUGCAUUCUGUUUUUCAACAUCGCCUGGAUAUAUAUUGUGAAUACUUAUUGGGCUACAAGGAAUGGCAGCUGCUCUUUUUGCGCUAAGAACACCCUGUCUUAGCCAGGCUACAGAUGCUUUUUUGAAAUCCAAUAUUUUACUUGUAAGAACUCCAAUGGUUGCCCAAUCUAAACUUCUUGCAAGUAACGCUAGGGGUGCCUUUCGUCGAGCUAAUAUAGCCGUAAGAAAACCAACUUUAAAAGAAAGACUUUUUGCUCCUGAACAAGGAACAGCUUUUAAUCUUGGCAAGAGCUUUUUGCUUGGGGCUUCUGCAUUGGGCAUUGGUUCACUAUGUUAUUAUGGCAUUGGUUUAUCAUCUGAACCAGGAGCUAUUGACAAAUCAAUGAUCUGGCCAAAGCAUGUUAAAGAUCGCAUCAAAUCUACUUACACUUAUUUUGGAGGAAGCAUCUUGAUCACAGCUGCUUCUGCCUUUGCAGUGAGUCAAUCACCAAAGCUUCUCAGUUUAAUGAUGAGGAAUUCAUGGCUGGCCAUUGGUGCAACAUUUGCAGCUAUGAUUGGCAGUGGCAUGAUUGUUCGAUCCAUCCCUUAUUCAGAGGGUAUUGGUACAAAACAACUGGCCUGGGUUGUUCAUAGUGGAGUCAUGGGUGCUGUAGUAGCUCCGCUUUGUCUCCUGGGUGGACCCUUAAUAAUGAGAGCCGCUUGUUACACUGCUGGCAUUGUUGGUGGAUUGUCAGCUGUUGCUGCCUGUGCUCCAAGUGAGAAGUUUUUGUAUAUGGGUGGACCAUUAGCAUGUGGCUUAGGAGUUGUCUUUGCUUCUUCCCUAGGAUCAAUGUUUUUCCCACCAACUACUGCUCUUGGAGCUGGGCUAUACAGCAUUAGCAUGUAUGGUGGUUUGGUUUUGUUUGGAGCUUUCCUCUUGUAUGAUACCCAAAGAAUUGUUCGUAAAGCUGAAACAUAUCCUACUUAUGCUAUUCAUCCAUACGAUCCCAUAAACGCAUCGAUCUCGAUUUAUUUGGACACACUGAACAUUUUUAUUCGAAUUGCUAUGCUCUUAGCUGGUGGUGGAAGCUCUCGAAGAAAAUAAUAAGAAUGGAAAUUACAAAGAUCUAGUUCUCAUAUUGUACAAACUAUUUAAUUUAUGUAAUAAAAUGUUUUAUGUAAAUAAAAGUUUGUGUUUUUC